AGUGGCACACGUAGGUGGAAAUUCAGCCAAAGUAAUGUAAUUGCUAGGCUACGCUAUUCGCGCCCAAAGAGCUAAAGUAGAGUUGACAAGAGUGCCUGAGUUUGCUGUGUGAGAGGAGAAUGAGAGCAACAUGAACCACAGACUUGGCCUUGAGUACAUAUGCAACCCCCAGAGAACUAGAUAUGUGAAACUAGGGUAAAUGCAUCUGGGAGCCCAAUUCUGCUCUCGAAGCAAUGACAAAUCUCUAAUUUCAGGGGUAAUGCAAUUAAGAGUUAAAUAGAGACUUUAACAUAUAGCAUCUGGCUGGGAAAUGGGUGUGAAAGAGGAAUCGGAGUUCUUGAAUGCUCUGUACUGUCCCUCUGCCAUAUUUGAACUUUGGCGGGGAUAAGAAAGGAGAGUUCUGGAUCAUCGCAGUCUUAUCCUUACCUAAAAACAUAAUAUGUACCUGGAUUUAACUUCCUUGCAGGGCACCCUUCCUUCAGAGCAGUCUUUUGAAGCAGUGUAUUCAGCCCCCUGGAAAGGAGGAGUUUUGGGUAGCUAGUGUGACUCCUCCCUAAUGACUAAAGCCAGGCUGUGACUCAGUGUCUGUAAGGAACUGUGGACAUUGAGCAUUGAGGUGAGGUGGUCAUAUUUGCUGGACUUGGUCAGUUUUAGAUAGAAGCUUCCCUCCUGCUUCCUUAGGUUCAGAAGUGGAAAAAGUAUCAAGACACUGGAACAGACUGAAAGAAAAGACGGGACUGUUUUGAACACUUCUGCUGAAAGCACUGGGAGAAUUCUCUCACGCUCAUUAGAGCUCACCAGGAUCUCAGGAUGGUGAAGGAGGAGGAUAUUGUAGAUGAGAAUGAAGAUCCAGAGCCAGCUAUUGAUGUGGUCAAUGGUAUUAUUCCUGUGUAUCAGAAAACUCAGGAAGCUGCCACCGUGGACUCCAAAGGCACAGAUGGAAAUAUACAAACAGAAGCAACUGCUCUACUAAAUAACCGUGUACAGCAACCUGAGACAGAGUCCAAGCAUUCAAGGAAACUGAGGCAAAGAUGUGUUUGUCCUCCUCAAGGCUUGCUUGCCCGAAUAGUGACAAAUGUUGCAGCAGUGGCUCUAGUUUGGGCUGUGGCCUGGGCUGUUACAGGGAAGGAGUGUCUGCCAGGUGGAAACUUAUUCGCAGUUUUGCUACUCUAUUUUUUUGCUGUCACUGGAGGUAAAAUAUUUGGGCUUAUUAAAAUACCUACACUGCCACCUCUACCUCCUCUUCUUGGAAUGUUACUUGCUGGUUUUCUCAUCCGCAACACCCCUGUCAUCAGUGACAUAGUCCAGAUAAAGACAAACUGGUCGGCAGUACUGAGAAAUAUUGCCCUUUCCAUUAUCUUGAUCCGAGCAGGGCUUGGCCUUGAUGCAAAGGCACUUAUGAAAUUAAAGGCAGUCUGUCUAAGGCUUUCUUUUGGGCCCUGCAUCUCAGAGACUUGUGCUGCUGCUAUUCUCUCCCAUUUCCUGUUGGGUUUGCCAUGGCAAUGGGGAUUUAUAUUAGGUUUUGUUCUAGGUGCUGUCUCUCCAGCUGUUGUGGUCCCCUCUAUGCUGAUUUUGCAGGCAGGAGGAUAUGGUGUUGAAAAGGGAAUCCCUACCUUGCUAAUGGCUUCUGGAAGCAUUGAUGACAUCUUGGCGAUCACAGGUUUCAAUACCUGUUUAGGCAUGGCUUUCUCUACAGGUUCCACGCUUUACAGUGUCCUCCGAGGGGUGCUAGAGGUUGCAGUUGGAGUAGCAGCUGGUGGGCUUUUAGGAAUUUUUAUUCGAUAUUUUCCAAGCAGUGAUCAGACAUCUCUUUCAUGGAAGAGAGGAUACUUCAUAUUGGGUCUGUCCAUGUUUGCUGUUUUUGGCAGUAUACACUUCGGUUUCCCUGGAUCAGGUGGCCUCUGCACCUUGGUCAUGGCCUUUGUUGCAGGUCUGGGAUGGUCCAAUGAAAAGAAAGCAGUAGAAAAAAUUAUUGCAGUUGGCUGGGACAUCUUUCAACCCUUUCUUUUUGGUUUAAUUGGAGCAGAAAUAUCUGUUAUGUCUCUCAGACCUGAAACUGUUGGGCUCUGUAUUGCUACACUGGGUGUUGCGUUAGUUGUACGAGUCAUGGCUACGUUUCUGAUGGUAUCUUUUGCUGGAUUUAACUUCAAGGAGAAAAUAUUUGUUUCGUUGGCAUGGAUCCCCAAAGCCACUGUCCAGGCUGCAAUAGGUUCUCUUGCUCUAGAUACUGCAAGGGCACAGCAGGAUGAACAGCUGGAAAAAUAUGGCAUGGAUGUGCUGACAAUAGCAUUCCUCGCAAUCCUGAUCACAGCUCCCACUGGAGCCCUAGGUAUUGGCCUGGCGGGGCCCAAACUUCUGCAGAAGGCUCAAACAAAGAGUGGGGAAGAGGAGGACGAUGAUGCAGGAAAGGAAGACAUAGAAGCUCCUGGGCCAUAGUAGGAAUGUAUGGAAUGGUAUGGUAUAGUGGUCUCACAAGGGCUGCUGCUGCUGCUCUUUAGGAAAAGCAGCAUUUGUAUAAUUUGU